GAAGAUAAGUGUCACGGGAAGAAUAUAAAAUUGUCUUUGUUGCGUUCAUUAUAGAAUUUUUGUUUUUAUUUUUGGAUCAAACGGCUAUAGACGUCCAGACAGCUUCUGUACUGUUUAUUAUAAUUUACAAAGGAUUUCUUCAUCUUCCAUUUUUUUCUCGAAACCUCCUCUUUUUAUUGGUGUGAUAUUUGCUCUGCUUUGGAACCCCCACAGUUCAUUGAAACGUAGCUCUUGUGCAGCCCCAGCUACCUCAUUGGCACGUGUUUCCACGCUCCAUUAACUGAGAUUGUGCAGCUGAACUUGUCAAACAUCAUUAAAGUAAGCAUGGUAAGAACUACAGAAAACACAGAAAGAGAUCACAAUCACCAUUAUCGACUGUCUCUCUCACUCAGAGACUUAAAACUCAGUCCACGCAGUUUUCACAAGCUGCAAACUCUUCUCUCACUGUCUUGGGCAGGGAAACUCCAUUGAUUCUGCCAGCAGCCUCAUUUUUACCUUGACAAGUUGUCAACUUUCUUUUCAUCACCAUGUAUGCAAUGAAACGAGUAUAUUCUCCUUUCAAGUCAGAGCUCACUUUCCGACUAUCUCCGGCGACAUCCAGAGCCUGGAAAGAUGGUUUUUUCUGGAAAACCCGAGUUCCAUCUGGAUCAAAGGUUAGUUGUACGCCCGGGUCAAUCCGAGCAGUGAUAAGCAGUGAUGACAAGGCUUUGGAGCCUUCUAGUAAGGAAGCUAGUAAUAAAGAAGUCGAUGAGAUAGUGUUCUCGAGUUCUAGUGAUAAAUUAGGAAAAGGAGGGAUAGAUGUGAGGGCAGUGAUCACUAUAAGGAAGAAGAUUAAAGAGAAGAUCAAUGAAAAGAUUGAAGAUCAAUGGGAAUACUUUGUUAAUGGGAUUGGUAAAGGGAUCCUGAUUCAACUUGUCAGUGAGGAGAUUGACCCUGAAACCAAUUCAGGGAAGAGUGUACAGGCUUCUGUGAGGGGCUGGAUACCAAAGCCAUCAAAUAAUGAGCAUAUUAUUGAAUACGCAGCUGAUUUCACUGUUCCCUUCGAUUUCGGGAAUCCUGGGGCAGUGCUUGUUACCAAUCUUCAUGGCAAGGAGUUCUACUUGAUGGAGAUUGUAGUUCAUGGUUUUGAUGCAGGCCCCAUUUUCUUCCCUGCAAAUACGUGGAUUCAUUCGAGCAAAGAUAAUCCUGAUAGCAGAAUUAUCUUCAGAAAUCGAGCAUAUCUACCAUCUCGAACACCACCUGGUAUUAAAGAUCUAAGGCGCGAAGACUUGCUCAGUCUCCGUGGUAAUGGAAAAGGCGAGAGAAAGCCUCAUGAUAGAAUUUAUGAUUAUGCUCUUUAUAACGAUUUAGGUAAUCCUGACAAGGAUGACGAACUUGCUAGACCGGUCCUGGGCGGUGAAAAGUGGCCUUAUCCUAGGCGCUGUAGAACUGGUAGACCUCCAACCAAGAAAGAUCCAAAAUGUGAAACUAGAAUCGAAAAGCCACAUCCAGUAUAUGUACCUAGGGAUGAAACUUUCGAGGAGAUCAAGCGGAACACUUUCUCUACUGGAAGGUUGAAAGCUCUGCUUCACAAUCUUAUUCCAGCUAUUGCUGCUACACUGUCAAGUUCAGACAUUCCCUUCACGUGCUUCUCUGAUAUUGAUAAGCUAUAUAAUGAUGGUUUUAUUUUGAAAACUGAGGAGCUAAGUGAAAUAGUCCAGAAUCCCUUUUUGGGAAAUUUUAUGAAGCGGGUUCUUAGUGUGAGUGAAAGGUUGCUGAUAUAUGAUAUUCCAGCUGUUAUAAAGCGGGAUAGAUUUGCAUGGUUGCGUGAUAGUGAGUUUGCUCGCCAGACUUUGGCUGGGGUGAAUCCAGUGAACAUUGAGAUUUUAAAGGAAUUUCCGAUUCUCAGCAAACUAGAUCCUGCUGUGUAUGGCCCUCCAGAAUCAGCAAUCACUGAGGAAUUAAUUGAGCAUGAACUUCAUGGAAUGAGUGUAGAGAAGGCAAUUGAAGAGAAAAGGUUAUUUAUCCUCGAUUACCAUGAUAUGCUUUUGCCAUUUAUCGAGAAGAUGAACUCCUUGCCAGGAAGAAAAGCUUAUGCAUCAAGGACUGUUUUCUUCUAUGAUCAGGCUGGUAUUCUAAGGCCAAUAGUUAUUGAGCUUUCACUUCCCCCAUCACCCUCUUCACCUUGCAACAAACAUGUUUACAUUCAUGGGCCUGAUGCCACGACACAUUGGAUCUGGAAACUAGCCAAAGCUCAUGUCUGCUCAAAUGAUGCUGGUGUUCAUCAACUAGUAAAUCACUGGUUGAGGACUCAUGCCUGCAUGGAGACUUAUCUAAUUGCAACUCACAGGCAGCUUAGUGCAAUGCACCCCAUUUACAAGUUGCUCCAUCCCCAUACACGUUAUACACUAGAAAUUAAUGCACUUGCACGGCAGAGCUUAAUAAAUGGAGGAGGAAUAAUUGAGGCCUGUUUCAGUCCUGGAAAGUAUGCCAUGGAGGUUAGCUCUGCAGCCUACAAGAAUAUGUGGCGGUUUGACAUGGAGGCAUUGCCAGCAGAUCUUGUUCGCAGGGGAAUGGCAGUGGAGGAUCCUUCGAUGCCUUGUGGAGUGAGGCUUGUGAUAGAAGACUACCCUUAUGCUUCAGACGGACUCCUCAUUUGGUCAGCCAUAAAAGAAUAUGUAGAAUCUUAUGUUGAUCACUUCUACUCUGAGCCUAACUCUGUCACAUCUGAUAUUGAGCUCCAAGCCUGGUGGAAUGAGAUAAAAAACAAGGGUCAUUUUGACAAGAGGAGCGAACCAUGGUGGCCUAAACUCGAUACCAAAGAAGAUGUAUCUGGCAUACUUACUACAAUGAUCUGGAUUGCAUCAGGGCAGCAUGCUGCUAUAAACUUUGGGCAGUACCCCUUUGGAGGGUAUGUGCCUAGUCGUCCUACCCUCAUGAGAAAACUCAUCCCGCUAGAAAAUGAACAUGAUCAUGAAAAGUUCAUCCGAAACCCUCAGCAUACUUUCCUGUCAUCUUUGCCAACUCAACUUCAAGCCACCAAAAUAAUGGCUGCUCAGGACACUCUGUCGACUCACUCCCCAGAUGAAGAGUACUUGGGUCAGGUAAGCCACCUGCACAGCCAUUGGAUCAAUGAUCACGAAAUAGUAGAAUUGUUCAAUAGAUUUUCUGCUCGAUUAGAGGAGAUUGAAGGAAUAAUAAACUUGAGAAAUAAGGAUGCCCGCCUUAAAAACAGAAGCGGUGCAGGUGUUCCACCAUAUGAACUGCUCGUUCCCACUUCAGGCCCUGGAGUAACAGGUCGAGGAAUCCCCAAUAGCAUUUCUAUCUAAAAGGUUAGCCUGGUUUAAAAUCAUUGUAAGUGUCAGAUAUUGCUGCCUUUGCCUAGCAUAUACCACUUUCUUUCUCAAAGAGCUUGUUCACCUAGCAUCUGCAAUAAAAUGUGAAGCAUAGAAGCAAUUUCUAUGGUAUUCAUAUUUAGACUAAGCACCUAGAGCUUUAUGAAUACAGUAUAUGACGUAGAAAAAACAAAUCAGAAAGAUCUAAAGUUUGAAUACCAGUGUGUUUGUGUGGUGUAAAUUAUUUUUGAUGUGCUUUGAUCGAUUAAAAAUGGAAGUUCUUUGCA